CAUGCAAAAAUUCCACCUCCAUCGCCUUGUCUGAAGCAGUUGAAUGUCGAAGAAUGGUGUUGUGCUGGACCGUUUCUGAAAGAUGGGUCUGAGUGCGCCUCGCAACCGAGUGAAACUCUCGAGUGAUCCUAACAACACAAAUUGGAGCCGGUCAACCGAGCGCUUCGGACACAAGAUCUUGACCACAUAUGGCUGGGAACCGGGCGCGGCUCUUGGUGCGGAGAAUGCAGCACAAGCAGCACACUACACCUCCGCCAACUUCUCGCACGUCCGUGCCGUGCUGAAAGAUGAUACUCGCGGGUUGGGCUGCAAUAAGAAGUCUGCGGCGGAAAAUGAUACCUUUGGACUGAAUCUUUUCCAGAACGUCUUGGGAAGGCUCAACGGAAAGGACGAUGGUCAACUAGAAAAAGAUGCGAAGCAGUUGAGGGAUGUUAAUCUACGUCUCUACCAAGAGAAGGCCUUCGGUACCAUGAUCUUUGUACAUGGGGGCUUUCUGGUCGGGGAUCGGGUUGAGCGUAGCCUUCCAACAACCACCGACCGAAAACGCUCAUCGACCGAGGAGAAGGAGGCUCCGGACGGUAAAUCGGGUGCAAUCGAAUCUACUUCCCGUAGAAAGAGAAAAAGGGGAGCCGAAUCCGCGGAUGCUUCUUCAUCUGAGCGCAACAAUGAAGAACCACGUGGUUCAAAAUCGAAUGGCGAUGGCGUGAGUGAGAUGACAGGCCGUCAAGCACGGGAUGAGAGGAAAAGGCAGAGGAAGGCUAGAAGAGAAUUGAGGGAGAAAAAGCGAGAAGAGAAAAGGAACAAGAAACGACGGAAGGACGGAACUGAGUCGACAGAGAAAGGUGUUGAACCGGUGGUAUCCGGAACUUCUACACCACUUGUCCUAUCGUCCCAUAGUUCUGGGACUUCAACUCCGAUUUCAAAUCCAAAUAUUUUGGCUGGUGGUCGCCAAGAACUACGACGCAGAUCGAUUCUCCAGAAGCGAAUGGCCAUGUCGAGUCAGACAGCACUCAAUGAGGUAGGGUUGAAAUGGUUUCGAUAUGCCUUGACGAUGCUUACAUUAUUUGCAGAUAUUCAUGCUCAAGGCCGGAAUCUGAGCGUGUAAACGGAUCUACAGAAGCCUCUAACGUUGAAUUAUCGGUCAC